AUGGGCUUCAAGAAAGUACCUGAUAGGGGAUCGGAUGAGGAGUUUCCCAAUGUUCGGGAGGCCUCCUGGUCUAGUGGGGCCAAGAAACGAAAGAGAGGGCGGCCGAGGAUCCACAAACUUCCUGCAGAAUCAUCAUCAACAAACCUCCCUCAAACAACGACUUACUCUUUCCAAAACCAUGAACACAACAUUCUGGAAGAAGAAAUACCUCAUUAUCCGGGAGAUCUAACUGAUCAGCAGGUACUUGAUAACCUGAGACAGCUAGAUGACGACAGAACGGGAGGAAAGUCUCAAAAUGAUUACCUGAGGGAAUGGCUCCCGAAACGAGAGGUGUAUCUUGGAACAAUGAUUGGAGGAGAAGCCCCGGAUCCGGAUCUGAAUGGACGGUGUCAGCAAUGUCAAGGAAUGUCUGGAGUGUGGAGAUGUUGCCAAUGCUUUGGCUCUAGAAUUUUGUGUUCUGAAUGCCUGCGAAGAAACCAUCAAUUUACACCUUUCCACCGCGUUGAGAAGUGGACGGGUCUAUAUUUCCGUCCGGGAGCUCUGUGGGAAGUGGGUGUCAAGUUGUAUUUGGGUCAUAAUGGGAAGCGGUGUCCUUAUCCCACGGAUCCGAGCCAUCUAGGAUGCGACGGCGGAAACAAUUCAUCCGGGAGUCAUGGGCACGGCGGAAACAAUUCGCCCAUCUUUGAGGAUGAACACGGAUUGGACCUGGAUCCGCUUCCUGCGAGCAAUGACCAAGAAUCCUUUACGGCUCAGCUUCUGGCGGACCCGGAGGUACCCCAUUUGGUUGAGCUGGACGAUGGAGACGAUGAAGACGAUGAUCUAUUCGAGGAAGUCGAUACAACCUAUCUGGACCAACCUCGUCCAAAGGCAGCAGACAACAAUGGAAUUCCUUUCAAGGCAAUUGUGCACACCUCCGGAGUCCAUUAUCUGCCCGUGCGAACAUGCACAUGCCGGUCCGUCCGCCUUCCGUCUAUCGAUUUACAGUAUCUGGAGAUGGGAUUAUUUGCAGCCAGCUUUGAAAACGUUCAAACUGUGUUCACAGUUGAGGUCCUUGAGGACUUUCGGAUGGACAACCUCGAGUGCAAAACGUCGGCUUAUCAGUAUUACCAAAAGUUGCGAAGACUGACUUCGCCAGCGUUUCCAAAAAAGGUGCUGAACCGCUAUCGUGAAUUGAGAAGGCUUAGUAGAGAAUACAGGGACCUUGUCCUGAGACGACAAUACGGAGAAGGGCAUACAAGAGAAGCGGUGGUCCCUUACUAUCAUCAUUGCCAUGAUUCAUCACCAGAGAGGAUGGGUAUUAAUGUAUCUGAUCCAAUUGACGGCGGAUCUGAUAGUCCGUCUCAAGAAGUCGGAACGUCAACGGACCCGUCUCUGGGACACGGCGGAUUAGAUGGUCCGCCUGCACCACAAAUGACGCGGACCGAGGAUCAUCCCAAAGUUGAAGAUAGGAGAGGGAAGUUGGCCUUAUUCUGCCCCGCCUGUCCACAGCCUGGAAUAAACCUACCUGAUACCUGGAUUGAUGAUGCUGACAGGCAAGUUUUAGUUAUUCUUCAAGGUUAUGUUGCAGAUGGUAAUUUCAAAGCAGAUCACCUCAAUCAGAAAAACGAGGGAGACGAUGUUUGGUUGAGCGUUGGAGAAGGAUACAUGACUGCUCCGGGCCCAUACAAGGAGCACAUCAAGGAAGCAAUUUCUCUUGCUCCACGUUAUAAACGGACGGAAUGUCUUUACAACUACGCAUCCACCUAUGUCCCGGGUGUGGGAAUCAUUGACGGAGAAAUCCUGGAGCCGUUGUGGUCCGUGUUAAAUGACACAUCCCGGAGUACACGUUCCGCUACCACUGCCCAUCGAGCAGAGGUUUUGGACGACCACAUGGGGGAUUCCAACUGGAAGAAGACCAUUAAUAUGGCUGCAACAAUUGCUGCAAAGUUCAAACGGGCACGGGAACAGUCCGGAAUCACAGACCGAUUUUAUAGGGGUAUCACGGAUCAACAAGAUUCCGGGCUCAUCAACACUUGGGAAGAUGAAAUUUCAAAAGCAGAAGCGGACCGAGAACAAGGUGUGGCCGACGCUGUUGGCAAGGUAAUGGCAAGCAAAGUGAAAACGGCCGCUGGACGCCAAGAAAUUGAAUUGCAUCUUUCAAAUAUGGAACUUACAUCUAAUGGUGCUACUGGAAAGGCAGCAUGGAUAUCAUCCGGCUUAAAACUGGAGCAAGCGCAAUUGGAGCUCAGGGACCAUGUCAGAAAGCUCGGAAAGCAUCCUUCCACCGCGCAGAAACUUGACUUGGUCAAUAAACGUCGCUCCAUGCGGACCCGCGUUGAAGCCUUCUGUCGAUCCGCUAUGACCUUCAUGGGCGAAGAUGUCUUGGAGGAUAUUCAAGGGGACAUCGCUCCCAUACUUGACUAUGAAGUCAGUGACAACGACGAUCCUGAUCUUGGAAAUGUCAACAUUACCCGCGCGGAUCCGGAACGACAGCCGCUUCCGUUUCCCUCCGCCGUCAAACAAGAUUUCUUUGACGGCCUUGACGCGGGAACAAACCUCAUUUUAAAAGGGCUUCGCAAACUUGAACUUCAAAUAAGACAUGGCCACGCAGAGGACUGUCUGGAAGCGGUCCGGUCAGCCUUGAUCCAGCUUUCUUGGCAGUAUAAAUAUCAGGUUCGGACCGCCGACUCCGUCUAUAUGGGGACUCGUGCUUGGGAUGGCGUCAAGCUUUUGAAUGCUUCCUGGAAAUUGCACCGGCGACUCUACAACACAAACCGUCAGAAGAUGAUCUAUUUAUCUGCUGGCGUGCGAGACGAGGAUAAUAUUCGGAAACAAUAUCCCAUUCUGCAAGUCCAUGAUUGCAAGCAUAGUAAUGCCGUGUCGGAUCCGAACAUUCGCGGAGGAAGCUCGGACCGUCUAAGUUGGAUUUGGAGAUCCCGUCAGGGCCUGGACAAUGAUAAUCAAUUAUACGUUAAUGAGUUCUUUAGGCUAAACUGGCUCCGCGCGCGAGCUCAGAGGAAUAGAUGGCAAGAGGAGCUGGCCUUGACAAAAAAGGAAAUGGAAUGGACUGUCAGAUUUUAUGUGUAUAUGGCAAAGACAUGGCGUGCACGGCAUGAUUUUGUUCCUGACAGGGCAAAUGCUCAAAAGCAGAUUGCCAUGUGGAAUGAUCUGGGGCGGGCCGCGGAUAAGGUCUUCCGUCAAAUUAACCCGGAGUAUCCAUUAACCAGUUCUUUGAACAUUCUUGUUGUAUCCCAUCUCGUUGAAUUCAUGCACUUACCGCGGCUUUUUAAACCUCCUGUCGAGGACGAACAUCAUCUCCUUACCUAUGAUGAGCGACGUGCUCUGGCCAAAGUUCAUGUCCAUAUUUGUGGUGCACGGAUCCGUGCCGGAUACCGUUUGUUCAUUGCAAACGGAGACUCUGUUUCCUCCGUGCGUCGCCAAAAAUGGAUGUAUUUGCUCGACCUGGAGGUGGCUAUACUGCUGAGAGUACUCGGAUACUGCUAUGUCAAUGGAUUCCAAGUCGAUAUUCCAUUUUUUAUAUCAGAAAUUCUCAAUCAGAGCGUACAUGCCGUUUUGAACCGAACUCCCCACCAUCGAGCUGUUCUAUUUGAAUCUCUAAAUCAAAGCUGGUCAGCAUGGGAAGAUGAUGAAAUUUUAAAUCAGACCAAGAGCUGGGGAUAUUGGUGGAGGGACGGAUUUGCUGAAGGCGAUGAGUGGCAAGUUGCCUUUGUUACCGUUGAAUCGCAAGCAAGAGAAUUUUGGAACAAGGUGGUUCUGCCUGAAUACCAACAAGAGGUACUCCGGCUAAAUAAUCAGAGGAAAGAAGCUAAGGAGGGCGCAAGUUCAUCUACCUCUGGGCCUCCAAGAAAUCAGGAAAACAAUCCCAAGGGCAAGGGAAAGGCGGCUGAACGGACAUCCGUCCCCACCUCGGGGAAGCACGGAUCCGCGUUGACGGGAAAGCACGGCUCCGUGUUUUCACCGCCCACGGGGAAACCCAAUCCGCCGACCCGUGUUGCAAACACGCGGGAUGAAACAUCCCCAAUUGCAAUUUCUGACCACAGACCGCCCUACUGUCCCCGCUGCGGUCAGCCUAUCCUAACGGGCGUAAUGAGGGAGUUGGCUCACCUGCGCCGGAAUGUGGCGGACAAAAUGAAAAAUGCCCAUAAAGCAGUGACUACUUCUUCGGCCGCCUUGGGCAGAUAUUCUGUAUUGGAGAAGAUGUGGAUUGACUCUAAGGAGCACCCGUUCUCUAACGGCAAGGGGCUUUCAGCCAAAUACAAAUUUCAGCAUCCCGUUCACCCUUCUCCUGACAGUUGGGGCGCUAUAACGGCUCAAGCCCGGUCCUUCGAGGUCUCAAAGCUCAAAGUCGCUUCAUUUUACAUCAACGACAUUUUUUAUUCUUUUAUUGCCGUCAAGGAACUACCUUUUCAUCCACUCUGGUAUCAUUCGCCACCCUCCAACACUGCAAAUAUUCAUCUCCCAACAGAUACUCUGCCUACUCCCGGUUCCGUCAGCCCUCCGUCAAAUGCACACACCAGCAAUGCCUUCCUUUUUAACGCAAGGUCAAGACCUGUUUUCCCGGGAGAAGAGGAUGAUAUUGAUAGUACGUCCGAUACCACUGAAUCCUCUACACCAGCUACGUUUUUAGAGCAUCUCGCACAGGACUUUGAAGAGGAGGCGGAUGUGGAGUCUUCCGCCGGUGAUACGACGGAGGAGUCAGAUGCUUCCGGUAACUCGGAAGAGCUUAGCGAGGACGUGUCGGAAACACCCUGGGAUGAGGAAUCUUAG